UACGUAUUAUAUAUAUCUUUUUGUACCGUAAUUAUGUGAACAGUUUAAUAUAUUCAGAAAAAUAAGUUACAAGCACAAUCGGCAAGCUUGUAAAAAGAAAUGUAGUAAAAUUUAAAAUUAAUAUACAUUAAAGAAAGAAAUACGAUGAGGAAUAUGGAAUGAUGUAAAAUCCUUUUUUGCAAACUUAUCUCGUCGUAUAUAUUUCCAACUAUAUUAUUAAAUUUAUUUCUAUUGUAACCUCAUUCGUUGUUCUAUCUUCAAAAUUCAGUUUUGUUUCUUGCUGUUCGCCAUAACUAUUCCUAUUUUACGAUUUGGAAAUGAGUUCUCGCGGUAAAUUGGAAACUGAAAAGUUAAAAAAGAAUUUAGAGGCUCAACUGGAUAGACUGGUGGAGCAACUGGAAGAUAUAGAGGAAAACCGAAAUUUAUUUGAUGCAAGUACUUACGAAGAAGCUAUAAGACUUACGAAAGAAGAUUUGCAAGAGUUUAACGAAAGUUUGCAAAGAAUGUUGUCUGGCGAUACAACAUUAAUCGAUGAAUUGGGUGUAAUACAAUUGGCAACUCAAGCAGCAAUUUGCGAAGCAUUCAAAACACCAGCAGUUAUAAGAAUGUUUGGUAAACGAGAAACAAAACAACUUAGAGAACGUUUAACACAAAUUGAUUGUGAUACAAAACUUGGGAAAAUAAGCAAAGAGUGUAGCGAUCAUCAACGUGGAGAGGUACUACACGCAUUAAGACAGCUUGGAGAGAAGCUAGAACCUCAAGAGUUACAAUUAUUGGAAAAGUUAAAAUCUAGUAACAUUGAUACAACAAGUUAUGUGCAAGUAACUGAAAGUACAGACAAAGGCCAAAUGGCUUUAGCAGUAGUAGGCAACGAAGUUCGAACUACUCAAAAUACUUAGAUUUAUGUCGUAUAUUAUAUAUAUAAUAAUUUGUAAUUCUUUAUGAAAUUUACUUUUUAUCAGAAAUUCAAUAUUUCCCACAAAGGAAAAUAAUAACUA